AUGGGAAAGAAAGGCGACCAGAAGGACAAGGCCGCCCCCUCGCGCCGCCAAUCUUCGAAAAGCAACAUCGUCGUCCCCGAGGAGACCCAGACCACGGCCGGAGUGCCCAGCGGUGCAUCUUGGAAUGCUGGAUGCCUCGAGAACUACCACAACGCGAUAGAGGAGCUUCUGGGCUACUGGGAGAACAUCGCCCACUUCGACCCCAAGAUGGCCAAGAUGGCCCUGGUGGACAAGGGUGUCGAGGAGAAGUACAGAUGCAGCAACAACUUGUUCCGCAGCAACCUCCGUUUCAACGUGGACCCCAACGUGCCGAUCAGGCAGAGCGCAAUUGACAGCAUCAUUGCCUACUACUAUGAGCAGCCCGCCACGUUCCAGGAGACCUACGAAUGCGUGGUGUCGCAAGCAUGGGCAAAUGAUGUUUCGCGCAUGAAGACCAAUGCUGGUGAUGUGCACCCCGUGGUCCCGGUGGAGCACAUCAUGGCCUUCGUCCUGGCGGCGCGGAGGGACAUCGGCGAUGAGGAGAAGAUGAAGGCGUGGAAAUUCGCCUUCCUGACCGUGAGCUUUUCGUACCACGUCUGCUCCGACGCCGAUGCUUUUUGGAUGGCACAGAAUUCGAGACAGGCCAAGAAACACGCUGACAUGACUAUGACGCUGACAUGUCUGCAGAAGAUCUUCUCUGUGCUCAACCACAAAGCACGCCUGGAGAAGGCGAACGGCGGCAAGGAGAUGGGUGUGGACGAGUUCUGCAAGCUCUAUGAGGAGAACUUCAAGCAUGCCAACGAGAAUGAGCGGGUCAGUGACAGCUUCGUGGACACCGCUCUCACAAUGGGCAAGCGUGUCUUGAAAGACGAAAAGCUGGCCAAUCUCUUGCUGAAAGCGGACGAACACCCGCGCGGAUCGCCAUUCGAUCAGUACACUAAGUUGCAGUUGCUGAUCCAGAAGGGUAAGUGGGACGGCUACGUGAACAAGUGGCUUGGGAGCGAGUACAUGAGCCAGCGAGCCCUGAAAGGCGACACCUUUCCAGGAGGGACGGGAGGCCUCUUGAUUGGCAUGCUUGAAAUGAAGAAAGUGCUGCUGACCAGCUCCGUCGGGCUGCUGGGAUGCAUGUUGCAAGGGAUGCAAGUCUGA